ACUCCUGCAUAUUAUAUGUGACUUGCCGCCGGUCCUUGUUCUGUCUGCAGUCAUAAGCAAUACGAUCUAUGGACGUACUGGAGAAAACGAAGCGCUGGAUUUAAGUGUGUAACCUGGUUCUCUGUGGCUCUCAGACACUCAGUUCAUGUCGACUGCAGGGACAGGCCGUAGUCUGGAUGGCUGACGGAAAGGGACGUGGACCAAUCACUUGAGAAGAUGCUGGCUCGUAACCGCUUCCUACUCCUGGUGGUGGUUGGUGGGGCCGCGCUGGCCAUCAUCAGUCUGAGCCUGCAGUUCUACAAUAUGAAGCUGUGUCUGCUGCUGAUGUCUUUGCUGAAUAUUGCCAGAAGAUUCCCACUCCCAGUGAACCUGAUUCCCACAACUCCCAUCAUGGAGGAGCGACCCUUCCAGGCUGCAGAUGGAGAUGUUGGGGUAGCUCUGGGAAAGAGCAGAAAGAGAGUGUUCCCGGUGCUUCGCACCCAGGAGCCCAACCCCAUAUCUGAAGCUUAUGGGUACUGCAACACUCCCAACAGCACAGAACAGGCCUGGGAGGGUCACAGCCCUGCAGACUACAAACUGUUGUCUGUCCAGGUGAUGAUUCGCCAUGGUGACCGCUACCCCCUCUACUCCAUCCCCAAGACCAAACGGCCUGCCAUUGACUGCACCUUAUCUAUCAACAGGAAGCCUUCCCACCCCUUGUUGAACUCUUUCAUCAGUCACAUGGGUCUGGGAGGGCGUGGCCAUUGGGAGUCACCACUGAACUCUGUUCCCCGUCUGCCCAACCACAGUGCCUGUGAGAUGGGAGAACUCACACAGACAGGUGUGGUGCAGCACUUGCGUAAUGGGCAGCUCCUCAAUCAAGCCUACAAGCGCCACAAUCUCGUCCCUUCUGACUGGUCAGCCCGCCAGGUGUGGAUUGAGACCACAGGUAAGAGCCGCACCUUGCAGAGUGGACUGGCCUUCCUUUAUGGCUUCCUACCAGAGUUUGACUGGACAAAACUGACCGUGAGGCAUCAGUGGAGCACGUUAUUCUGUGGCUCGGCUUGCGACUGCCCCGCCAGGAACAGAUACCUGGAGGAAGAACAGAGGAGGCAGUAUCGACUGAGGGUGAGUGAUACUGAACUCGAGAGGACUUACACUGAAAUGGCACGGACAUUGGGUCUGCCAACCCGCCAACUCCGAGCUGCAAACCCUAUAGACUCACUUCUGUGCCAUCUGUGCCACGACAUUUCUUUCCCAUGUGUUACCAUGGGAGAUAGUGGUGCCAAGGGAUGUCUGACAAUGGCACAGUUUGCUGUGAUUCGUCGACAGCAGUUAGACGAUGAGGUGGAUCGGAGAAGAGUGGGGCUGUACCAUAAAUACGCUAUCCUGGCCAUGUACCCUUACCUCAACCGAACUGCCACCAAGAUGGAGCGUGUUGCCAGGGACCGUGAGGCUGGCCGACAGCCUCGUGCGGGAGGUCAGGAGGUCUUCACCCUCUCCUCAGCACAUGAUGUUACCAUGGCUCCGUUGCUGAGCGCCCUGGGACUGGAGGAGGCCCGCUUUCCACGUUUCGCAGCAAGAGUGGUCUUUGAACUGUGGAAGAGUCCACCAGCAAUGCAUGGACAGGCGAAGAAAAGAACUGGCAAAGGUGAAAAGUCAAAGGCUGGAGAUGGAGAACUGUUCAUCAGGGUGCUGUACAACGGUGAGGAUGUGACAUUUCACACCACCUUCUGUCGAUCCCAUGACCGCCAUGCCAGUCAGCCACUCUGUCCUCUGAAGAACUUCCUGUCUUUUGUCAGGAGCGACAUGUUCAGUGCUGUCAAUGCUACUUCCUACCAGGAGGCUUGCUACAGACGCCCUGGUUGACAGAAGGACAGAUGGAGAGGAGGGUGACUGAGUAAGGAUACAGAGUUGGCAGGUGGUUGUAUUUUUUUUUUUUCUACUUUUGGAGGUGGUGCACUUUUAUGCUGCUCAUAAUAUCUAAAAUUUCCACAUAUUUUUAAAUGUAGUCCUUGAUAUUUCUGAGCACAGAGUGAGUGGUAGACACACACACACACACACACACAGUACUGUACAUUAUAUAUUACUCAGACGUUUCUAACUUUUCUACAAAUUUCAGAAUUCUUCUUCUGAAUGUUGUAUGUGUUCUCAAGCAUAUCUGUAAGACAUAAACAAUUGUUGUAUGGCACUUAGCCACUUUACCCCUACAUUCCAUAAUACCAUGGAACAUUCCAGUAUUCCCAAAUACUUGCAAGAAAGGGGAAUAUUGAUGCUGGGUACACUAUGCUGGAUUAAUCAUUCCUAGAAUAUACUUUGUGUAAAAUAAAUCUUUUCAGUGAAAAUUACACUUCGGCCUAGUUUGGCUCACAUUACUCAGUAAGACUCAUUUGUCACUUAGCAUUUAUUUAGUUUUUAAUGUUUAGUCAUUGCAGUAGGCUGACUGAUGGUAGGGGUUAUUUCCGCUUUGACACUACUACUGUUUCCUUUGUUCUAGUAAACUUGACUUUGAAAGUGACAAGUGGAGGGUGUUUUUUCUUCAUUCAUGAAUUUACAACUACAGUCCAAUCUGUAUUUACAUUAACUGGUGAUGGAACCAAUCACAUUCCACAAGUUUUUGCUUGUAGGAAACUGAAUUUAAUAAAGAUUUGUUAUGAGCAGA